CGGAAUAGCCUACACUUGUCGUAAAAGAGAGUAAAUUCGAUUUAUUUGGAUAUGCGGACACUUGGAAACAUAUGGCGGAGUCGGAGGGUAUGUAAUAGCACUCACUAACACGAUGUCUUUGCUGGGAUAAAGGAUGAAGUAAUGGUCACUUCAGAAUGCCGGCUUGCGCUGGAGAGAGAUGUAAACCCAGCGCCUACAUACCUGUGGCCACCGCCGCCUGUCUCCUGGUGGGAUCCUCAACUUUAUUUUUUGUGUUCACGGGCCCUUGGUUGGCGGAGCGGAUCUGCCUGGCAGCGCCAAUAUGCACUGGUGUCGUGUUCUUUUUCGUGUUGGCCAACUUCAGCAUGGCAACGUUCAUGGACCCUGGUGUACUGCCAAGAGCCAAUGAGGAUGAGGAUAAGGACGACGACUUCCGGGCGCCCCUGUACAAGAACGUGGAGGUGCGUGGCGUGCAGGUGCGCAUGAAGUGGUGCACUUCCUGUCACUUCUACAGACCGCCGCGCUGUUCACACUGCAGUGUGUGCGACCACUGCGUAGAGGAUUUUGACCACCACUGUCCAUGGGUCAACAACUGCAUUGGGAAAAGGAACUACCGCUACUUCUUCCUCUUCCUGCUGACCCUUAGUGUCCACAUGUUGGACGUUUUCGGCUUUGGGCUUCUGUAUGUGUUGGAACAUCUGGAGGACCUGUGGGCUCUGGAAGCUUCCGUCACUGUGGUUGUUAUGAGCAUCUCGGGGCUGUUCUUUCUGCCAGUCCUGGGGCUGGCCUGCUUCCACCUGGUCCUGGUAGCCAGAGGGCGGACGACAAACGAGCAGGUGACGGGGAAAUUCCAGGAAGGAGUGAACCCUUUCACCAAAGGUUGCUUUGGCAAUGUGGAAUCUGUUCUAUGUAGUCCCCUGAGCCCAAGGUACAUCGUGAAGCGGAGAAAGAAGACUCCUAUUAGAAUCCAGCCACCUUUCAAGAGGCCAGAAAGUGACAGAGAAACUCCUGUUAAAAUUAGGGACAAUGGAAUCCAAACUAAUAUCCUUCCAAAUAAGGCUGUCGAAGGAGUGGAUGUGCCAGAUAGCAAGCGGCUCAACACCCCUCCUCCCCUGCCACCCAAACCUGACCCUGUCCUCCUGAGGAACCACUUGGCUGCCUUGGAAGAGAGCCUCUUGCAUAGCAGGUCCUCCUUCCCCUCCGCCCAGCCCACAGGGACACUGCGUCCCUCCCUGAACCACCUCUCCAAGCUCGGCCCCCUCUCCUCCAGGGAAGAAGUCCGGCAGACUAUGGAGUCAAUGACGCAGACUGGCGUGCGGCCUCAGGACUUCUCUUCUGACCCCAGCUUGGGCUUCCCGUCCAGCACGCUGCCCCUGAACUCCCUCACCCUCAACUCACGCUCGCUCAGCCUCAAGCAUGCCCACCGCUACCGCGACCGGCCCUCGCUCUCCUCGCAGACCUCCGAGGGUCUGACCUCCUUGGGCCCCGCGUCGUCCGCCUCGCAGAGCCUUCGCCUCUCCCCGAGCGCGCUGACCAGCCGCGGCAGCAGCCUCUCCUACGACAGCCUGCUGGGCACCCCUGGGGAGAUCAACGGCUCCCAACGAGGGCUUCCCCUGCUGGGCUUCCAGGUGCCCUACCUCCCCCUGGACUCUGGGGGCCUGGGCCUGUCCCGGGCGUCUGAGAUCCAGCGCCACUCGCCGCACACGCGCAGCCCCGUCUUCAUGGGCGUGAGCCGCCAGUCGCCACAGCCACGCGAGCCCUCGCCCGUGCGCUACGACAACCUGUCCAAGGCCAUCAUGGCGUCCAUUCAGGAGCGACGCGAGCUGGAGGAGCGGGAGAGGCUCAUGCAGCUGCCCCACGCCGGCCCCACCAGCCCCGCAACCGCGCCGGGCUACGUCACCCCCGACACCGGGGUGUACGACACGCCGAGCCGCCGCAGCCUUCCGCUGGAGGGCCUCCGAGGCCCACCGUCACGCGGUCCGACUCCGCCGGCAUACGGCUCGCGGGAGUUCCUGAUGAGCAGCGCGGCGUACGGCUACGGCAGCCGCAUGGGCCUGUCCAGCUCGUCCACGUCGUCGCUGUCCCGUGCGGCGGCGGCGCCGCGCAUCUCCUGCUCCUCUACGUCCUCGCUUUCGCGCACGCCCCGCAACUCCUGCUCGUCCACCUCGUCCCUCUCGCGGGCGCCCCGGACCUCUGGAUCGCCGCUCCAGUCGCACCCUCAGGGCAGUGGGGGCGACCGCUCACUCUCCCCGGCAUACCCCUCACUGGAACGGCAACUCCAGCAGUCGCCCUCCGCCCUGCUCUGCUCCCCGACCUCCUACACCACCCCCCGAGGCCUCGCCUUCAUCUCUGACACUGAAGCCCCAGACCAGCCCCCCUCAGAUGGACUACAGCGCUUUGAGAGUUGACUUUGACAUCUAAUAUGCACUUCCAUCUAUUUUCUUGACCUGAACCCUCUUAUUUUCAUCUACAAAAUGGACUUAAAUAUGCAUCAGAACUGGAGAUUCAGAACUGGACAAUAUGGAGAUUCUGGGCCUACCCUGGGAAAUAAAUGGUUAUGGUAUUUGGAGUGGGCACUUUAAAGAUUUAGAGGUCUAAAAUGGUCAAACCUCUACACGGGAUACCCUAACAUACUUAAUUCUACUGAGUAGUUAAUUUGGUAUCCUUCUCCAUCUUCACAAAGCACAAACAUUUAUUGACACUAUAAACAGAUAUAAUAUAAGAUCACAUGAAUAUAAUUUUAAUUCUAAUUUGAAUUCUGCCUCUAUAAUUCUACCCCCUACAAUUCUACUGUAGUUAUACAGUAGGUGAACCACUCAUACAAAGCAGUUGUAAGAUCUGAUCCCCUUCAAUUCUAGAUAGAAUUGCAGACUUUUUGCAGAAAUAUUCUAGAACCUGAUAUUUCACCCUCAGAGGGAAAACAAAAAGCAUAAACCUCUCUUCCCAAUUCUUAUUUUGAUGGACAAGACCUGACAUUAUUGUUCUUCUGAAAAGACUGCUUACUGAGAUUAUGUAGCAUACUGUUGCCACUUUGGGCAUAAACGGCUGCCUGUAUGUGGUUUGGGACUGAUUAUCAAAAGCUAAAGGGAGCAGUUAAUUUUUAAGCAUUUGUGUUUAUGUUUGUGUUGUACAUUUUUUAAUUAUUUGAUUGUGUCCAGUGUUUUCA